AUUGGACAUUACUAGUUUCAACUGUGCAUUGAUCGGUCUUGUAUACCCAGCUAAACUGUAUGAACUGGCAGAAUGAUUCCAGUGCCUUACAGAAGCAUUAUCAACGGUGGACUGAAACCUGGAAAAAGCUUUACCGUCCGAGGAGUGAUCCCCCACAACCCUCACAGGAUAUUUUUUAACCUGCGCCACAUAUUUGGGAUUGCAUUUCACUACAAUGUCCGUUUUGAUGAGAAUAAAGUAGUGUGCAACAGUUGGGAUGGUCAGUGGGGUCCAGAGGAAUUUCCUGAAGGGAUGCCAUUUAAAGCAUGUCAACCCUUUGAGAUCAACAUUUCAUGUAGUGAUCUUUCCUUCAAUGUGUUUGUGAAUGGUCAACACGUAUGCUCUUACAAGCAUCGCUUUUUGCCAUUGAAUGGCAUCGAUGUUUUUGAAGUUACUGGAGAUCUGCAGAUAGAUCAUGUGGAUGCUUAGUGGAGUUUUCAUCUAUUUUAAGGUUCAAGAUCAUCAAGUCAAUGUAGAAAUAAGUUUCUAAUGCAUUUGCUUGGUAACUUUAUUGAUUACUUUGUCUCCUGCCUCCUGGUUUGUAUACCAGUAAACUGCAUUGACUGAUUCUGAAUAUA